GAGCUGGAUUAUGAGGACUCUGCGUUCUAUGACGUUGAUGUAGAAGCUCAUGAUGGGCCCGGUCUGCGAGCCAGGGGUAAGGUGCUGGUGACAGUUCUGGAUGUAAAUGACAAUGCUCCCGAAGUCACUGUUACCUCCCUCACCAGCUCUAUCCAAGAAGCUUCUUCCCCAGGCACAGUGAUUGCGCUCUUCCACGCGCAUGACAGCGACUCUGGAGAGAAUGGCCUUGUCACUUGCUCUAUUCCAGAUAAUCUUCCAUUCAGGCUGGAAAAGACCUAUGGAAAUUAUCAUCGGUUGUUGGUUCACAGGACUCUGGACAGGGAAGAAGUCUCCGAAUAUAACAUUACAGUAACAGCCACCGACCAGGGAACUCCGCCACUGUCUACAGAGACUUAUAUCUCCUUGCAGGUGGUGGACAUCAAUGACAACCCACCCACCUUCAGCCAUGCCUCCUAUUCUGCCUACCUCCCAGAAAACAACCCUAGAGGAGCUUCCAUCCUCUCCAUAACAGCCCAGGACCCAGACAGUGGUGAGAAUGCCCAGAUAACCUACUCCCUGACAGAGGACACUAUCCAGGGGGCACCUCUGUCCUCCUACGUCUCCAUCAACUCCAACACCGGUGUUCUCUACGCACUACGUUCCUUCGAUUAUGAGCAGUUUCAAGACUUGAAGGUACUAGUGACGGCCAGGGACAGUGGGAACCCUCCACUCAGCAGCAACGUGUCACUGAGCUUAUUUGUGCUGGACCAAAAUGACAACACACCCGAGAUCCUGUACCCCACCCUCCCCACUGAUGGCUCUACUGGUGUGGAGCUGGCGCCCCGCUCAGCAGAGCCUGGAUACCUGGUGACCAAGGUGGUGGCUGUGGACAAAGACUCGGGACAGAACGCCUGGCUGUCCUAUCGCCUGCUCAAGGCCAGCGAGCCGGGGCUGUUCUCUGUGGGGCUGCACACGGGCGAGGUGCGCACUGCCCGGGCCCUUCUGGACAGAGAUGCCCUGAAGCAGAGCCUGGUGGUGACCGUGCAGGACCACGGCCAGCCCCCUCUCUCUGCCACAGUCACACUCACCAUAGCCGUGGCAGACAGCAUCCCCGACAUCCUGGGGGACCUGGGCAGCGUUGACACUCACAUGGACCAGGAAGAUUCAGACAUCACGCUGUACCUGGUGGUGGCCGUGGCGGUGGUCUCUUGUGUCUUCCUAGCCUUCGUCAUUGUGCUGCUGACGCUCAGGCUCCGUCGCUGGCACUCAAGCCGCCUGCUUCGGGCUGCAGGCAGCGGGCUGUCGUCCAUGCCUCCAUCACAGUUUGUGGGCGUGAACGGGGUGCGAGCUUUCCUACAGACCUACUCUCACGAGGUCUCGCUCACUGCAGACUCUGGGAAGAGUCACCUCAUCUUCCCGCAGCCCAACUACGCAGACACGCUCCUCAGCCAGGAGAGCUG